AGCCAGUGCAAUGCCAUGUCGCACCCGGUCGAAGUAGAGUUGGCAUUGUAAACACAAGGCUAUGGCCGACGACAGGGGUGGAGGCGAAGACAACAUUAACGAGAACAUGGGCAACCAGCUACAGCUCUUUCCAGGCAACGGGCAGGAGGAGGAGGACGAGGAGGAAGAUGACAUGGAGAGUGAAGACCGAGACAAUGACGAGACAACGAAGCCAAGCAUUAUCACUUUCGAUCCUAGUCUGCCUACUUCACACGCUUACUUGGGCUCGGACAUGGAGGAAUUUCACGGCCGGACCGUCCACGACGAUGACAGCUGUCAAACAAUUCCUGUGCUGCCACACACUGCUGUCAUGCUGGUGCCUGGACAGACCCUGCCUCUGCAGCUCUUUAGGCCCCAGGAGGUCAGCAUGAUGAGGAGUAUCAUACAGAGGGAUCGAACCUUUGCUGUGCUGGCACACAGUGAUCCAGGUGAACCAGAGGCAGAAUUCGGAACUACAGCAGAGAUCUACGCAUACCGGGUGGAGCAGGAGUACGGCAUCGAGACGGUCAAAGUGAAAGCCGUGGGCAGGCAGAGAUUCAAAGUCCACGAGAUAAGAACUCAAGCGGAUGGGAUUCGACAGGCCAAAGUCCAGAUCCUUCCAGAACGAAUCCUUCCUGAUCCUCUGUCUGCAGUUCAGCUAACGCCCCUCUCCAGGCUUGUCGUGCACCCUUCCUCCAAGCCCCCAACUCAAAGUUGCAAGCAGGCCGAAUGCUGGUGGAAUAACUACCAAGAGAGGAAGUUUCGCUGUGCCAUUCUGACCCGCUGGCCACCGUGGGUCUACGCCCUCUAUGAAUCUGAGUCCCUCAUGAACCGAGUGAAGAAGCAACUCCACGAGUGGGACGAGAAUCUAAAGGAUGACUCUCUCCCUACGAAUGCCAUAGACUUCUCCUACAGAGUGGCGGCCUGUCUGCCCAUAGACGACUCGCUCCGGCUGCAGCUGCUGAAAAUUGGCAGUGCCAUUCAGAGGCUUCGCUGCGAGUUGGACAUAAUGGAUCGGUGCACAUCACUGUGCUGCAAGCAGUGUGAAGACACAGAAAUCACCACCAAAAAUGAGAUCUUCAGCUUGUCUCUGUAUGGCCCCAUGGCUGCCUAUGUCAAUCCCCAUGGUUACGUCCACGAGACUCUGACCGUCUACAAGGCAAACAACCUCAACCUGGUCGGCAGGCCGUCCACACUGCACAGCUGGUUUCCAGGGUACGCUUGGACAAUCGCCCAAUGCCGAUGCUGCGGCUCUCACAUGGGUUGGAAGUUCACCGCCACCAUGAAGGACUUGUCUCCACCUCGUUUCUGGGGUCUGACUCGCUCGGCCUUGCUCCCCCGCAUGCCCCCCGACGAGGGCGAGGACGGGCGGGACGGCUCGCGACUCUUCUGCCAGUGACAUAUGACCUCCUGUCCCCCGUCGUGUAAUAACUGCCUGGUUGUGUUGCCUCCUAAGUAAUCACUACAUCAAAACGCUGUCAGCCGUGGGAGUAAAUCCAUCAUAUUAGCGGAAAAGUCAUCCAACCUUUACAUGGCACUUGGCACUUAAGCAGCGUACGCAAUUGGAGGGAAGGGCGGGUUGUUCUUUAUAUGUGGAUGCACUGGUGAAGACAAAAAGAGACACGCUUCCCCAUUCGUGAUCCUUUGAGCAUGCCGCUCCGUCGUGCGCGCGUCUGUCCAGCUGUUCGUAGGCACACUGAUAGAAUGUCAAAAUGGGUGUCGUUCAUGGGCCCCGCGGCUGUUUUCCUCCGCAUGGUGAAAGGUUUUGAAGCUUGAGCAAACAGUCUCUCAGAAUUCCCAUUGAGAGAGCUUUUUUUUUUUUUUUGCUUUAUUGAUGGCUGUCAUUAUUGGCAAUGUCUCAGAGUCUACGCAAGCUGACUCUAUUGACAUUUUUGAAUCUUAGAAGUCAAGCGGUUGUAUUUUUGUAUGCCAGUAAGUUGGAAACGACUUCAUGUGUUCCAGUGGCAGCCAUGACCGUUUUGAAAGGUCACGGGCUAAAUUUCGACAAAGCAUUUAUUCAUUUAAAAUCCUUCCGGCUGUUGAAUCAUUUGCUGAACCUUAAGCGAGAAAUGUACAGCGCGGUCAUGACUGCUAAAAUGUUGUCCUGACUAAGUCCAUGAUGUGACGGUGUUCCCUUAAGGUUGCACAGCUGCUCUUUUAAGCAUCAUCAAAAUGUGCCGCGAGAUACUGGUUUAUAUUUCUUACAUAAUCUCAAUUAAAAUUGCACUGAGUGCAAUAUGUGCCAUUGCUUGCAAUGUGAAUAUUGUCUUGGCACCCAAAGACCUUUGGAUUUUUGUUUUGAAAACAAAAAAAAACAUCAGAGUGGGCCUCAUGUGAGUUGAGUGCCCCCUCCCCCUAUUUUUUUUUUCCCCUUGCGAUGGUCUAAGCCAGUGGUUCUUAACCUUAGAGGUACCGAACCCAACCAGUUAAUAUGCAACUAAAUUAAAAUGUUUAAUGAAAUGAAUUUAUAUAUAUAUAUAUAUUACAAAUUCAAGAUAUGAAAAAAGUAACAUUUCAAGAAAUAUGCAUACUUUUUAUUUUUUAAAAUUUUACAACGUACUAUCACAACAGUCACAUGCUGACUACUGAGUGAACUAAAUUUUCCGCAGCACUGAUUGGCCAAGACCCAUGUGAUCAUCUGCAGCCAGUGCUGGCUAAGCGGGCGUGUCAUAACUAAUUGGGAUGUUGAGUCGGGGGGGUGUCUUAACCUCCAUGGCAGAGGCACUGUCGAACCCCUGAGACCAAUUCAGCGAACUCCUAGGGUUCGAUCGAACCCUGGUUAACAACCACUGGUCUACGCUUUUAAAAUAAGAGUGACGGUCAUUCUGUGGCUAAUCAACAACAUUUGCUUGAAAUUGUCGCAUCUCAACAGUGACGAAUAAAAGAGCUCCUUUUUAACUUGCUGUUCAUGCCCGGCUGUCCCGUUAAGAAUAACCGUUAAAAUGAUGCAAAACGUCAGAGGCAUAAACUUUUAACGAAGCCCAUUGGCCAAACUGAAACGACUGCACUGCGCAAAAAAUUAUCAUGUCAGAAUGUGCCAUCUUUAUCAUUUUCUAAAUGGGAAAAUGAAGAGUCUGUGGUAUUCACAUGUUGAGUGACUCGCCUCCAAAACAAAACAUGCGAGGAAUGACCUACGGGCGUGCUAACAUGCCUAUUUCAAAAAUGGAAAGAACCGUCGUUAAAAUCAAAUUUUUGCUCCUGUAUUUAAGCCACUUUUUGCGGUACAGUAGCCGCAGCAUCUGCUGUCUUCGUGGCUAUUAUGCAGGCUCAACCUACAGGUUGGAUAUUCAUUUCUAUUCAAGCAUUUUAAUUGAGUGUCAGAGUGGAACCUCUAACGUCGAACUCGCUGUUCCAGCAGCAAUUUUAAAGCUAUUUGUCCCCAUAGGAAAUAAUCAAACUGUCGCAGACAUAAAAACCUUUAUUAGCACUGUAAAAAUGUAAUGUGAAACUGUAAACUCGCCCUGUGAGGAUAUGUUAAGUUACCUGAAUCUGAAUGUAAAAACAAUAAAACACUCGACUGCAACUUUGCAAUGAGUGGAAAUAAUUCACAUAAUUCCUAGUGUAUUUUCCUCGCUCUCUUUUCAUUUUCUUCUUCCCUUAACACAUCGCUCGCUCGUUUGUUUAUGUGUAGCGUAAGUACUUAUACGCUCGCUGAACUGAGCUCCCGGCUUGUAUGACCUCGGUAUCGUUCGGCUUUAAAGUUUCCACUCCGCACAUUUGUUUUUUGUUGACAGAAGUAAAAGGCUUUCGGAUAGUACAGCUUGGAGUAAUGUGCAGUUGUUAAACUGUACGUUGCGGAGAGAGCGGGUCGGUAUGGGGCAGUGAGGGUCUGAAUACGCCUUGGUGGCUGGGACACAUGCAGCGCACCGGGCCUCCCCGAUGACUUGAACAUGAGUCUACCUCCAUGAGGAGCUUUUGUAACCGAGCGAGGUUUAGACAGAGUUGUGGACACGCAGCACGUGUACAUUUGUCUUCGCCUAACAUAAAUACAAAGCUGUCUUUGUUUGGUUUUAAUGCUUGUUUCCCUCCAGUAAACUACCGUGCUCGAUGAAA